CUCAUUCUCUUUGGUCCUCUUUUCAAAUUUCUUUUACGGUAUACAUACACACGUUCAUAUAUAAGCACGCAUCUGUCUGGAACUGGAGAGAGAGAGAGAGACGCAUGAAUCUUUGACAGAACAAGAGAGAGACAGAGUGUCAGAAAUUGUGUAAGCUCGUGAAGAUUCUUCGUUAUCAAAUCGUUAUUGGCGGAAUCUUUUCCUUCCUCUUCCACAGCAAGAAUUCGUCACCUCGCCAUUGUUGAAAGCUUUAGAUAUUCUCCGGCCUUCGGAGAUCUGUUUCAGUUUCCUCGUCGAAGAAUGCCACUCGGGCGACGUAACACGUCGUCGUAUCCGGAGUCCGUCUCCGGACGAUCCGACGGCUAGAAACAUUUCUUGAUUCUCCGACCGUGUCGCCGCCGAUCGAUCAGCCGACAAGAAGAUAAAGGUUUCCCGACCAUGGCGACAACGUCUGCGGUGGCCGGAAAAGGCAUCGGCCUUCACCGGUCACUGUCCGGUCAAGAUCUUAUCGUGAAAUGCUGUGGUAUCCCGAGGUCCAAUUCCGACAACCACUUGUCUUAUCACUCUGUGAACCGGAUUCGAGCUAUGUCCACCCGUCCGGGACUGAAGAGCAGCCGUUCCGCCGGCGUGUUUUCCUUUCAGUUAUCGAGCUCUAUAAUCCCAAACCCGAUAAAGUCUUUGCUGUUCGAUCCCAAGAUAGAUGACGCCAUGGAAGCGAAUCUAGAGAUGGGAGGUGAAGGAGAAGAAGUGGGAGCAAAGAGGGCGAAUUGGGUGGAGAGACUGGUCGAGAUAAGGAGACAAUGGACGAAGGAGAAGAGAAAAGAGAAUGAAGAUGGUGUUUCAGAAGAGAGCGUAGAUGUUCAUUGCGGCUGUUAUGAAGGCGACUGUGUUGCGAAUUACGGGUCUGAAGAAGAUCAACAGGCCGAAGGGCGAGAAGGAUACGAUCGGGAAACUUUCUCGAGAUUACUGGUGAAGGUGCCAUUGUCUGAUGCUAAGCAGUUUUCUCAGCUGUCCUCCUUGUGUUACUUGGCUUAUGUAAUACCCGAGAUCAAGGUCGAUGAUCUCAGAAGAUACCAUGGGUUAAAGUUUGUAACGUCUUCCCUCGAAAAGAAAGCGAAGGCUGCAAUACUCAGGGAGAAACUUGAGCAAGACUCCUCCCGGCCAGCCAAUGUUUCUGUCCCUGAAGGAGCAGAGAAAUACGUUGAGGAAAUCCCCAAGAAGCGUCAGAUAAGAUCCUCAGCCGCUUACAAGAUCGCUGCUUCUGCUGCCUCGUACAUCCAUCGUGCACAGGAUUCUUCCGUGGUUCCAAACCCGCUGCGUAAAUCAGCGGCUGCAGCUCAAGCCGCAGCCACGACAAUGACAGCCGUGGUCGCUGCUGGGAAAGAGGAAAAGCGGGUGGCGGCGAGGGAGCUUCAGUCGUUAUUGUCUUCGCCUUGUGAAUGGUUUGUGUGUGACGAUCCCAGCACAUACACUCGUUGCUUCGUGAUCCAGGGAUCAGAUUCCUUAGCGUCCUGGCAAGCGAAUCUUUUCUUUGAACCAACCAAAUUCGAGGGGACAGAUGUGUUAGUCCACAGAGGAAUCUAUGAGGUGGCAAAGGGAAUAUACGAGCAGUUCGUGCCGGAAAUAACCGAGUUUCUGGUCAGACAUGGUGAUAGAGCUAAGUUCCAAUUUACGGGUCAUUCUCUGGGAGGUAGUCUCUCAGUGAUAGUGAAUCUGAUGCUGCUCAAAAGAGGUGUCCUAAACCCGGAGGCUCUGAAACCAGUAGUUACCUUCGGUUCACCGUUUGUGUUCUGUGGCGGUCAGAAGAUUCUCGACCAGCUCGGCUUGGACGAGAGCCACGUUCAUUGCAUGAUUAUGCAUCGAGAUAUUGUCCCUCGAGCCUUCUCCUGCCACUACCCUGACCACGUAGCCCUCAUCCUCAAGCGUCUGAAUGGCUCUUUCCGGACACACCCUUGUCUUAACAAAAGCAAGCUGCUCUACUCCCCGUUGGGUAAAGUGUUUAUCCUCCAACCGAGCGAGAGGGUCUCACCUCCGCAUCCAUGGCUUCCGCCGGGGAAUGGUCUGUACGUUCUUGACAAGAGCCACCAUGCGUAUUCCUCGGCCUCCCUACGCGAGUUUCUGAGCCGACCUCACCCAUUGGAGACACUGAGCCAUCCGGGGGCUUAUGGCUCGGACGGUUCGGUACUAAGGGACCACUAUUCGAGCAAUUACGUCAAGGCCAUGAACGGUGUCUUGAGACAACACACGAAGCUGGUCGUCCGGAGAGUACGGAAGCGGCGGCGGCAGACGAUGUGGCCGGCGCUGAUGGCAACUCGAAACUCGUGAAUUCACGGUGACGGCGUGCUGGCCGCGGAUGAGAUCAUGACACGUGUCUAGUUGUUUGUGCUUGUGUAUAUAUACAUGUUUGUAUUUGUUGUUUACGGUGAAGAGAACGAAUAUGAGUGAAAAAGUAAAUAAAUCAAAGAUCUUUUAGA